AUGCAUAUGCAGCCUUUACAUGACAAACGGAUAGACCUUGUUAUUUCUUUCUUCUUGGAAAGAGGUGAGAUCGUGAAACGAAGAGUGGCGAUUCCAGUUAUGGAAUUCGAACAGCGAACAUUAAAAUUCACGCUGACUAAAUCCAGAAAGAAAGACGAUUUCGGUAUUGUAUUAGGCUGCAGAUUCUAUAUAAAGGAGAUUCGAAAUCCAAAAUUAGCAGAGAAAGAUCCAGGUUUGAGAGAAGGUGAUUCAGUGCUACGGAUAAAUGGACAGAGUGUCGAUGGGUCGACGCUUGAGGAAGUCAAUAAGUGGCUUGAAAAAGAAAAAUUGUGCCUAGUUAUACAGCGUGAUGUUCGUCGUGGGACGAGCAGAUGGCCUAGUCAGAAUACGGUAUAUGAACGGGUGGGUUCGGUGUCGGCAACGCCGCGACACAGUCCGAGCCCUAUGAUGGCGCAUCAACCAUUAUCGCAAAGGUGA